GAAGCAAAGACUAAAGAACAAGACUUCAGUCGAUGGUUUCUGCUGACAUUUCAGUCCUCAUGAGCACAAACUAUUCCUAAACGAACUCUCAUCUCCUCCUCUAGCUGUGGCUUUUUGUAUAUUUGUGCGCACCAGACAGCAGUUGUGAUCGCCCGCACAGUGAAUCCACAGUAGCCACGGGGCUAUAAAUAAUUCAUUUCAGGAAAAGGAUCUAUUUGCCCCCGUGCCUCUCCGGCGCGCGUGUGCACCUGGUGCCAUUUGGUCACGGCGGGAGCGUCUCCAGUCACCCGGGAGCGCAUCCCUCGCAUCCCCCGGAUUUCUCCGCAAACCUUUCGCCUGCACAGAUGCACAUCGAUCCUGAACGAGGAGUGAUCAAUGCGAACUCGCGCGUGAAUAACUUCAGCGGGCUGAUUGAUUUUGGUUUGGCGCGCAAGUUUGCGCAAACGCACGAACAAAACAACGAGAGGGGGGAAAAGAAACAACGCAGAAGUACUCCGCUGUACGGAGCGAAGCGUGACUUUGGAGGUUUUUGCGACGGGCACAAGUUGUCCCCAUGUCUCCCAUGUGAGAUGUAAAACGGCUCAUUCACCUCAGUGAGCAUGCUGCAUCCUCUCCUGGUCCUCCUCACUCUCCCUGGCGGACCUGGAUCUGACGUGCGCGCAUUUUGAGAGCAGCUCAGAGGCACGUCUGCUUCACUUAUUCAUUUUUCAUCUCGCAUUUGACAGAUGUUAGAGGGGAAUAAUCGGUAAGUUGGAGGAGGGAGAUGGUGGCGGAGGCUGCUCGCUUCAGCACGCUGGACAGCGCUGGUGGAAGUUGGGAGCGGACGGCGACGCGCGGACGCACCGGGAUUUAAGUGCAAGUGGACGCGGUGAAGCGACCAUGGUUGAUUCUAAGUGCUCAUUACCAGCGACAGGCAACCCGAGAGGGCACUUUCCGGAGUGAGACAUGGACUUUGCUGAGAUCAUCUUCGCGUUGUUCAUCGUCGUGGUCGCGGUCGUCUCGCUGCUGUCCAACUUGUUGGUGCUGCUAUGUUUCGUCCACAGCACCGAGAUCCGCCGGCAGGUGCCCGGUGUGUUCACCAUGAACCUGUCCUUCUGCAACAUCCUCAUCACCGUGCUCAACAUGCCGGCCACUCUGGUGGGGAUUAUCCGGAAGCAGCAGCCGUUUGGGGAUUGCGCUUGCCACACGGUGAGCUUUCUGGAGACCUUCCUCACCGCCAACACCAUGCUGAGCAUGGCAGCGCUCAGCAUUGACCGGUGGAUAGCGGUGGUGUUCCCGCUCAGCUACUCCACCAAGAUGCGCUACAAGGACGCGCUGAUCAUGGUGUGCUACUCGUGGCUGCACUCCUUCACCUUCUCCCUGACGGCGCUGCUCUUCUCCUGGGUCAACUACAGCGACGUGUACGCGUCCUGCACGCUGCAGCCGAGCGACGGCGCCGGCGACAGGGUGAAGUUCACCAUCUUCACCGUCGUCUUCCACGCCACCAGCUUCAUGCUCUCUCUGCUCAUCCUGUGCUUCACCUACCUGAAGGUGCUCAAAGUCGCCAGGUUUCACUGCAAGCGGAUCGACAUCAUCACCAUGCAGACGCUGUUCCUCCUGGUCGACAUUCACCCGAGUGUGAAGCAAAGGUGUUUGUCUGAGCAGAAGAGGAGGAAGCAGAGAGCCACGAAGAAGAUCAGCAUCUUCAUCGGCUCGUUCAUCAUCUGCUUCGCUCCCUAUGUCAUUACAAGGUUGGCCGAGCUUCUACCCUUCGUGGACAUCAACCGCCACUGGGGAAUCAUCAGUAAGUGCCUGACAUACAGCAAGGCUGCGUCCGACCCCUUCGCCUACUCCCUCCUACGUCAGCAGUACAAGAAAGUCCUGGUUACUGUCGUCAACAGGCUGCUCCGCCGCGACCUGUACCCCUCGUCUGGCCACAACAGCUCUUUAGACACGGAGAACGACUACUGCCUCCAGAGGAUUAGCUAAUGGCAAAUGCGCGGACAUGACAGAUACACACUACAAGCCAAAAAUAAAAGGUUGCCUCUUGGAAGGAGGUGGGCGGAGGAAGAGAAUGAGGAGGGAGAGAGAGGACGGAGAGGACAGGAUAUUGUUGGGGAAGGGAGA